CGCAUGCGCAGUGCAAGGGGAGGGAGGUAAACAAGAUGGCGGCAGCCUUGAAGCAGCAGCAGCUGUGACGAACAGAUGCGAGAAAAUAAACGAAUCAAGAGCAGAACACGAGAAGAAACGCGAGUCUCUGAGUCUUUGAGCCGUGCUGAUGAUUACAGCCUCAGGUGGAUCUCGGUCGAGUGUUUCCGGUAAAGCUGAAGUCAGAUCAGUAAUCUUCACCAAGAGAGCGUUCAGGUGUUUCUGGGACGGAUGCGAGGUGUGGAGAUCUGCAGAGAUGUGCAGUGAUCCCAGCGUUUCACUGAUCGUUCGGAUCUGUUGCUUUCACUGAGCGAUGCUGCUUCUGCCGUUUAACAGACGUUUAUCCGUUGACUGAUCUUCCCAAUCUCUACUGCUUUGGAAUACGAAUCUUCCCGUCGGGCGUUUGGAUCGUCGGAGGGCGAGCGAGAGGAAGAUGAGUGUGGGUGGAGAGCUCCAGCAUCUGGAGUACCUGACGGAGAACGAGCUGAUGGGGAUGGACACCUUCAUCCACCGCAUCGACUCCACCGAGGUCAUCUACCAGCCCCGACGCAAGCGUGCCAAGCUGAUCGGGAAGUACCUGAUGGGAGAUCUGCUCGGGGAAGGCUCCUACGGGAAGGUCAAGGAGAUGCUGGACUCGGAGACUCUGUGUCGCAGAGCCGUUAAGAUCCUGAAGAAGAAGAAACUCCGGAGGAUUCCCAACGGAGAGGCCAAUGUGAAGAAGGAGAUUCAGCUGCUGAGACGACUACAGCACAAAAACAUCAUCCAGUUGGUGGAUGUGCUGUACAACGAUGAGAAGCAGAAGAUGUAUAUGGUGAUGGAGUAUUGUGUCUGUGGGAUGCAGGAGAUGUUGGACAGCGUUCCAGAGAAGAGAUUUCCAGUGUUUCAAGCUCACGGGUACUUCUGCCAGCUUCUGGACGGUCUUGAAUACUUGCACAGCCAGGGAAUCGUACACAAAGAUAUUAAACCAGGGAACUUGCUGCUGACCACAGACGGGGCGCUGAAGAUCUCUGACCUGGGAGUAGCAGAGGCGCUCCACCCGUUUGCGGAGGACGACACGUGUCGGACGAGUCAGGGGUCACCAGCGUUCCAGCCUCCAGAGAUCGCCAACGGCCUGGACACGUUUUCAGGGUUCAAGGUGGACAUCUGGUCUGCUGGGGUCACACUAUACAACAUCACCACGAGUCUGUACCCGUUCGAGGGGGACAACAUCUAUAAGCUAUUCGAGAACAUUGGGAAGGGGGACUACAUGGUUCCUGAGGAGUGCGGCCCGCAGCUGUCUGACCUGCUGAGAGGGAUGCUGGAAUAUGAUCCUGUCAAGAGGUUUUCAAUACAGCGCAUCAGACAACACAACUGGGUGCGUAAGAAACACCCCCCCACGGAGCCUCCGGUGCCCAUCCCCCCCAGCGCAGAGACGCGUGACCCCUGGAGGAGCCUGACGGUGAUGCCGUACCUGGAGGAUCUGCACGGUUACACUGAGGACGAGGACGAGCUCUUCGACGGAGAGGAUGACAUCAUCUACACUCAGGACUUCACUGUGCCAGGGCAAGUCCCGGAGGAUGAGGAGGAUGAGGAAGAAGAACGUGCUCCGGAGCGCACCUGUGCCGUGGCCAAACCGGUGUGUGUGAACGGGACGGAGUCGGCUGCACUGAAGCCUAAAUCCGAGCGGCGCUCCAGCUCUUCCUCCAAUCCCUCCAGGAAGGGCCUCUCCGCCGCCAGCAAGAUCCGCAAGCUUCCCACCUGCAAGCAGCAAUGACCCGCUGCACACCUGCUCCUCUGUACAGGUUUAUGUCAUUUCCCAGCAGUCAGUUUCUAGCGCUGUUUUCGACGCACACUUCUGCAGUGAUGAUGAACUCAAACACACAGUGCCAGGACUGACUUUACUUGAGAAUGCUGUAAAAGAGUGGAGACGUUUCCCACAAUCCUCCUCUGCUGCUGAGGAUCAUCCAUUCGGUUGUCGGACCGGACCGACCUUACGUUUCAUUUUAAACCCUAGUCUUUUAAUUUUCCUGCUGUUAAAGAUGCAGAUGGUUUGGUGUAAAGGAAGUAUGCUGCAGGUGAUGAUGAUGAUGAUCAAACUGAACUGCAUGCUGUGAUGUUGACGGAGAGCUGCUCGCCGCAGGACUUUGGGUUCAUUUCCCCUUUUGGUUUGUUUUUCCCGAUAAAUAUUUUUUAAAUAUUAUUUAUAUAAAACACAUCCCAACUGAA